CUUUUUCCCAUCAUCAACGCUCGGUUGACACGAGUCCUGUUCCUCGACCUCGUUCUUCCGUCUCUCGCAUCGAGUCUUUGCAGGUCUGCAUUGGCUGCAGCAGCCUUGCUCCAGCUGCUGCCUGCACUUCUUCAGACCCGGAAUUCCUUUGCCGUCUUCCGUCUGCUCAGGCGCGUCACCUCAAGGCUCGUGCUCGAUCGUGACCUUUGAUCUUUCUGUUCCCUCAACUCCUUUCUCACCCACUUAUCGACCUCCCUUCGAGUUCCUCCAUCAAGCCUUCGAAGAUUGCGCGACGCGCUUCCCUCCCCGGCAACAUGUCGUUUGGUAGCGGCGGCACUGGGUUUUCUUUUGGCUCCAACAAUACAAAUUCCAAUACAUUUGGAGGUGGUUCGGCCUUUGGGACCAACACUUCAAAUACUGGGACGUUUGGUUCUGGAUCUGGUGGCACUGGAUUUGGCACUGGCACCUUUGGCUCAGGCUCCGGCGGCUUUGGCUCCAACACUGGAGGAACUGGCUUCGGAAACAAUACCAACAAUUCGACCUCUCUGUUUGGCAACAAACCCGCAUCAAGCCCAUUCGGCUCAAAUACCAACACAGGCACAGGCCUUUUUGGCAAUUCCUCGAGUAAUACUGGCUUCGGUGCCUCCACUGGUGGCUUUGGGUCAAACACCAACACUUCUGCCUUCGGAAGCAACACCAACACAACUGGCUCGGGCUUCAGUUUUGGAAACACAGCCAACAAGCCUGCUUUUGGGUCCAGCACUCCAUCGGCGCCGCUAUUUGGCCAGGGUGGUUCAGGCACAACAGGCGGUUUUGGGUCGUCUACCAAUACCUUUGGUGCCGGCACUGCUCUCGCCGGCCAGACUCCUCCAGCUCCAGGCACCGCAGUCACCCCCUUCAAUCCCUUCAUCGAAAAAGACGGCACGAGUCCUCUUAGUAGCGCAUAUCAAAGUUUGACCUUCCAAGAGCCCUACAGUAAAUACUCGUUUGAAGAGCUUCGACUCGCGGAUUACAACGCCGGCCGUCAAUUCGGAAACAACUCCGGCCAGGCUGGCGGCUUUGGUUCUUCCACCUUUGGCGGAUUUGGCUCCACCAACGCCAGUACUGGCUUCGGAAACAACCAAGGUUCUGGCUUGUUUGGAAACAACAAUGCAUCAUCAUCCGGUGGAUUUGGAUCCAAUACUACGACCACCGGGCUAGGCUCAGGCGGCCUUUUUGGCAGUAAACCUGCAAGCGGUGGUCUGUUUGGCUCACAAUCGUCCGGUACUACAGGAGGUGGCUUGUUCGGCACAGCCAACAACACCUCCAACACUGGCUUUGGUGCAGGUGGUGGCGGUCUUUUCGGCAACAACAACAACCAAAACAAGACUACUCCCUUUGGAGCAUCCACCACGCCUUCAUUCUCUUUCGGUGCAAGCAAUACAAACACCAACACCAACACUAAUACCGGUGGUGGCUUGUUUGGAAAUAACAACACCGCAAAUACUAAUAACCAGUCUGGUGGUGGUCUCUUUGGCGCGAAUAAUCAAACCCAGCAGCAAGGCGGAGGCCUGUUUGGAAACAACAACAACAAUCAACAAAAGUCUUUGUUCGGUGGCACUACUACUGGCUUUGGAUCAUCUACGACCCAGAAUCAGUCAUCUGGGGGAUUGUUCGGCAACACCAACACAAACACUGGUGGUGGCCUCUUUGGUAACGCGAAUAGCCAACAAAAUACCAACACAGGAGGUGGUCUCUUUGGGUCCGCCAACAACUCCAAUGCGGGAACCUCGAUGUUCGGAAAUAAUAACGCCAACAGCCAACAGAAACCAGGGGGGCUUUUUGGCUCCUCUUUUGGUACCAACAAUGCCUCCAACACCGGUGGUGGUCUGUUCGGAAAUUCGACCAACAACAACCAGCAGGCCGGAGGCUUGUUUGGGAAUAACAACAACACGAACUCUGCCUCCGGGUUCUCCUUUGGAAACUCGGCAAACAAGCCCGCGACUGGUGGCCUUUUCGGGAAUACCACCAACAACCAACAGAGCCAGUCCGGUGGUCUUCCGUCUUUUGGAGGUCUUUUCAACAAUUCGACAAACAAUCAGCAAAACUCCCAGCAACAGCAAGAUUUCCGAGUAUCGUCUCUGAACGACCCUAACCCCUAUGGGCAAACCUCGAUUUGGACGGGCCUACCCGUCCCAACACCGGAUAAUUCCAAGCCGAUCUACACCCCACUGACGGCGACCCAGAAGCUGAAGGAAAGCCAGUCUAAGCCACCCCCAAGUCUACGACUCAACCAAUCGAGGUACAUGACUCCUCCCCGUCGACAAGGUGGCUUUGGAUUCUCAUACUCCACUUACGGCACACCAAAUAGUGCUGCCAGCACUCCCGGUGGAGGAAGCUUAACAUCGAGCUUGUAUGGAAAUCGCAGUUUCAAUGCCGGGAGUCUUGGCCGCUCGUUUGGGAAGAGUGCUUCUGCCAGCAAUCUCCGAUCGCAAUUCAACGGGGGCGGCGAUGGCGACAGUGUGCUAAGCCCGAACGCAUUCAAUGCAAGUCAUACUAGAUGGUCAGGAGGAAACACCCGUCGAUUGACAAUCGAUCGAAGCAUUCGAACGGACCUUUUCAGUCGUCCCUCGCUGCCUGCUUUACCCUCUCCAAAUGUUGCCGAGCCCAACACCAACGGCGUUGCUGAAUCCACACCAGCAAACCCGGAACCUGCGCCAAAGUCGAGUGGCCUCAAAAAGCGUGUAAGCUUUGAUCAAGACACGACAGGUGGGACCAAUGGAAUUCUCAAUGGCAGCUCUGGCGCCUUGGUUAGAGUUGACAGUGAGGAUUCCACCCCUGAGCCUGAGGGUCGAACUAGAAGCUCAAAUGGCAGUGCUACUCCCGAAAUGCAACAGGUUCGGGGUAAUGAACUCGCUGUUGUACCAGAGGACCGAGCUUCAGACCACGUUAGCCCUAAGAAGGCCACUGUCGAGGCUAAACCUGACCCCCAACCAGGCGAUUAUUGGAUGAAGCCUACUCGUGCAGAACUCAGUCGCAUGCCGCGUGAGAAGCUCCAAAAGUUCACUGGCUUUCAGGUCGGCCGCAAGGGCUGUGGUUAUGUCGUGUUCAAUGGCCCCGUCGAUCUUACGUCGGUGCCAUUCGAUGACCUCUAUGACAAGAUUGUGGAGAUCCGUCUUCGUUCUAUUACGGUCUAUCCUGAUUCGAGCUCCAAGCCGCCCAUGGGUAAGGGUCUGAAUGUCCCGUCAACCCUUUACAUUGAAAAUUCAUGGCCUCGUGCACGAGGUCAUCCAUCUUCUGCGACUAGUGGUCCAGUCUUUGAUAAGCACGUCAACCGCUUGAAGAAGAUGGCUAAUACAGAAUUCAUCAACUACGACGUGACAACCGGUGUUUGGACCUUUAAAGUUCCCCACUAUACUCGCUACGGUCUGGACUACGACGACGACGACGACUUGAGCCAAAGUCAAAUUUCCGCGCCGCCUCAGUCUUUGAGCAGCUCAAAUUCGGGCAUGGAGGUUGACGUCGACGCCCAAGAUAGCUAUGAUGACGAGGAUGACGAAGACGAUACGUUUGCGUUCAAACAAAAAAAUCUGCCUGGACAGUUUGGGAGACGUUCUGGCAUUGACGACUAUGAUGAUACCGCUUACUCCGCACAGGAGAUGGACGACAAUUCCGCCAUUGAAAUCAACGACCAAUCUGAUGAUGACGAUGCUGAAAUUGGUGGGCAGGACGUACACAUGGCGGGUUCGUUCCCGCCACCAGCAAUUGCAGCCAGCGCCCUCGAUUUCGAUAGCCCUAAACGACCGAUCCUCAGAGCCAAUCUGAUGGACACUCCAGGCAAACCCCUCAUCUCUCUUGAUGGUGACUGGGCUGAACAACUCCAACGCACCAUCUCACCUCGCAAGCAAAAUCGAGAUGCAUUGCGUAACGUCCAAAGCAAGAUCCUGCUUGACCGCACAUUUGUGCCGAUCCAGCCACAAUCAAACGCAACACUAGCCAAAAAGAACGAAUUCAGAACUAGUAUCGACAUAAUGAAUUCACUCUUUAAUCGGACUGAAGACCCCGCGGCGGUCGGAAGGAAGGGGAUGCAGGGUCAGGCUACGCCGGAUUUCGAGUUGCCUUAUGCCAAGCGACCAAAGACGUUUCAACCUCAAUCGGCUACGAGUACCAAUCCCGCCAAUGAUAUAUUCGCGGACGCCGGGGUCGAUGCCGACGAAGAGCGAUCCCCGGGGCAGCCUUCAUUCAAGCCGAGGUUUACGGCGAAGGAUGGAUUGGUGUAUCUUGGAGCGGAGGAUGAUGGUGCUGAUAAGGUCGAAGCCAAAACCCCCGCUGGCUGGACGACAAAAGCGUUGCUUGGGGACGUCAAGAUUACUUCCCUUCGCGGUAGCGGCACGAAUGGGGUGGGUAUCACAGACGCGACGUCCAUAAAAGCCCUCCUCGCCGACACGAAUAUCAGGUUGGUCGGAUCCGCGCCCUUCAUCACUCAUCUCUCUUUGGCCUUCUCCCAAAUUCGGGAUCGCUUGAUUCAGGAACAAUCAGCUUCACAGAUUGAACUGGACAUCUACGAACUAUUACACAUCCUUUUUGACGAGUAUGAAGAUGAGUUCUCCUCGGGGCUCAGCCAUCAACAGAAGCAGGAAUUUGAGGAUCGAAUUCGGAAGGAUCGUGUUUCGAAAUUUCUCUCCGAAACCAUCUGGCGCCGUCAUGGAGAAAAGAUUAAAUCAGCGGAGAGAUCGAAAGGAAGUGCCGCCACCACAGCUAUCUUGUACCUCACUUCGAGAAACAUCAAGGCAGCGUCCGACGUGCUAUACGCAGAGAAGGAUUUCCAUUUAGCGCUCUUGAUCGCACAGCUUGAAGGCAUUGAUAAGCCUGCUCAGGACAUGAUAACGGAGCAAAUUUCCGCAUGGCGUGAACAGAACAUCGUUUCCGAAAUGACGGAAGAGAUCCGUUGCCUCUACGAGAUUUGUGCUGGCAACAUUGGAAUCUGCGAGGGAAAGGACAAGGUUGCUGCCGAAGACCGUGCGUCGACAUUCUCUAUUUCGGAAAAGUUUCAACUCGACUGGCUGCAAACAUUUGCCCUAGUUCUAUGGUAUGGACGGAAUAAGUCGGGGGCCAUUGAAGAUACCGUCGCAGAAUUCCAAGAGCGGCCACUGGAAGAAGGUACUGCUUCCCCGGUAGAUGGAAACGGAAAUGAAGAUCCUCUGUGGGUUCUCUUGAAGCUAUAUGCUUCAAGAGUCACAGGUGGCAGACCCGGCGAAGGCCCUGCGUUCCCCCAAGGUCUAUCAAGCUUGUUGGAGGUUUGGAAUUCGCAGAAGAUAUUUCGUCUGCAUCACAGUAUGGCAGGUGGUAUUCGUGGUCUCAAUAUUGACCAGGCGAAAGCAGAGGAAUUGGCCAACACCCUCUCGUUCGAGUAUUCUUCACGUGGGGACGUGGUUGGAGCAGUUUACGCACUACUGCACCUUCACAACGCCGACGCCCGCGGCAACCAAAUCAAGCAGCUCCUCGAGAAACAUGCUGCGAUGCUGCCUGAUCCUACGGAAGCGGGAGUACCACAGGAGCAGAAUCUGUUUGUGCUGCUGACCGAAGGACUUAGAGUGCCACCGGAGUGGCUUUACAGUGCCAAAGCGCUGUUUGCCAGAUCCAUCAAUGACUCAGAAAAGCAGCUGGAAUACCAGCUCCGAGCAAGUGAUUACGCUGCUGCUCACGAGACAUUAUUGCGGAGAGUGGCACCCGCUUUGGUGAUUGAUGAAGAUUGGCCACGAUUGACGUCGACACUGGAGCUCUUUGGGGAAGACGCCGAGAGUAGAGUUGGGGCUGUAGAAUGGAGUGAAGGCGGUGGUGUUUAUGAAAUCUUUGUCACUCUGAUGAACUUGGACGCGACCAAGGCUUCUGGGACAUCUUCGAAGAAUCAACAGAGAGGACUGGUGAGACGCCUGACCACAAUCCUGAGACAACUCAAUCUCAAGGGAGAAAAUCGCGGGUCACUCGGCACAGACAAGGAAAGACUAGAAGAAAGAGUGGCUUUGAGAGAGAUGGGGCGAAAGGUGGCGGAUCUAAUGCAAGUUGAAGACGAGCAGGCAGCAACGCUUGCUGAAAAGAAAGCAAUGCUGGAUCUACCACUUGCGGCGGAUGCAAAAUUGAGCCAUGCUCGUGCUCUAGGAGUAGCAUACUAUCGCGGGUUGAUGGCUGCGGCGAGUUGAACAAGUCUGGACAGGGCGAGAGGCCAUAGUAAUGCAAAGUCACGGGUGGAUGCUUGAUGUGUAUGUUGUGAUGAAGGCUGAUGUGGGUAGACGCCAAGAAUAGAGUAGAUUAAGUAAGGGUCUUGGAUGAUUUCCUAAAGACCCCAGAAUCUGGUCUCGAGUUCCAAAUGUUAGUUCUCGACAA